AUGAGUGUUGACCCGCAGCCCGCGAUAGCCACCGACUGGAGCACGAGUGGAGGGUCUAGGAGCUGCCAAUACAUCUUCGUGGAGGUGGUCGCGGUUGUCAAGAAUGAUGCAAAGAACUAUAAAGUCGAGGCCACGCUCAAUAUCUACUCAGCCGUCCUAGCAGCCAACAUAUCGGAAGGCGGGCUGGUCACGCCCCCAAUCCCUUGGCCCGGAUGCCUCGUCGUUAUCGAUUCAUGGCUGAAGGUGUGCCUCAUGGCUGUCAUCCCUACGCUCACCAUGGCAGGUAUGGAAUCAUGGAUGUGGAAACGCGAAUGGCAUUCACAUGAGCCACCCACAGUCGUUUUCUUUGUGUUGACGAUGUACAAGUUCUUCGGGUCGAUUCGAGAACAAACGGGUAGACGGCUCCUCGAUGUCCUCCGUGAUCACAACAAUUUCUCGCCGAUUUUGAUGAUUCUGGUUUGGGAUGGUGGAGUUUACUUCUUCUUGUAA